GAGCUGUCACCUUAUGAUGUCUGUAUGUUGCUAUCAACAUCCCCCCACAGUUUCAGUGGUAAAGAAAUAGUUGUAGGUCGCCACAAAGUACAAUAGUUUCCAAAUAAAUGUGUGUGAGCUCUGUGAAGCUUUUAGCGUUCUCCAUUGGACAAUGGAGUGGACAAUUACUACAACACUAUUCUUGUCAGUGUUAAAAGCUGCACUUUGUUUUAACAUCGAUCCCGUCGCCUGGAAGAGCCUGACUCAAUCUGCUGCAGGUUUUGGGUACCAGGUGGUGCAGAGGCGAUCAGACUUGCUGGUCAGUGCUCCUCUUGCACAGUUUUCACAAGGAGGACAAAUAUACAAGUGUUCCACCGAAUCCUGCAGUGUACUAGAGGUUCCCCGGGUGGACUAUGCAGUCAACAUGUCUCUUGGUUUGACGAUGGCAAGUGAUUCCUCCACACGAAACACUUUGGCAUGUGGUCCAACCAUCCCAAAGGACUGCAAAAGUAUCACCAUGUACAGUGGUAUAUGCUUCCAGAUAGACAGUGGUGAUCAAGUUAUAGGUCCUAUACCUUCCUCUAAUAUAGAGUGCCCAUCAGCAGACAUUGCAUUUCUGUUGGAUGGCUCUGGCAGCGUAGCGGCAAUGGAUUUUCUAACAAUGAAGACUUUUGUGAAAGAUCUGGUCCGCUCACUCCUGCCACUAGACACACAGUUUGCCAUUGCCCAAUUCGCCACCUCUCCCCAAGUCCAUUUUUACUUCAAUGAAUUUUUCUCUGGAACUAAAUCAUGGGAAGCCAAAGUUAAUGACAUUAAACAACAGAGAAGUCAAACUUACACAGCGAAAGCCAUCAAAUAUGUGGUCACAAACAUUUUCAAACCAACAAGAGGUUCCAGGUCAAAUGUGAAGAAAAUCUUGAUCGUCAUUACCGAUGGACUAUCUCACGACAAGGAUGAUUUGCCAUCUGCAGCAGACUUAGCUGACAAGGCAAAGAUCAUUCGAUUUGCCAUUGGAGUGGGGCAAGCAUUUUUCAAUGCUAAGGCAAAACAUGAACUGGACACCAUUGCAUCUUCUCCCACAGAAAACGUAUUUCGAGUGGACAGUUUUACCGCACUUGAAAAAAUAAGGAAGAGUUUGCAGGCCAAACUCUUCUCUAUUGAAGGAUCACAAAGUGGAGACUCACUGAAAUUGGAAAUGGCUCAAGAAGGAUUCAGUGCAGCUUAUGGGCCUCAGGGCAUUCAGAUGGGUAUUGUCGGUGCUAAUGAGUGGAAGGGAGGCUACCUCCAAUACUCAUUGCCGACACACCGCAAGACGAGCCUCAAGAUGAGCUCCUUUGAGCCUAAUAUAGAUGCUGACAGUUAUCUGGGUUACUCCAUUGCAGUCGCUACAACGAGGCAAGGCACUUUAACAAUUGUUGGUGCUCCAAGAUAUCAACACCGAGGUGCUGUGAUGGUAGUUCCCCAAAACUGGCUUUACAAAAUGAUUGAUCCUUCUCCAUGGCAGUUUCAGAGUGGUGAAUACUUUGGGGCCGUUGUUUGUGCGAUGGACGUUGAUCGUGACAGCUACACUGACCUAAUCCUCAUAUCUGCCCCUAUGUUCGUGGACACUGAUAGAGAGGGAAGAGUUUACGUUUGCAGCCUAACUGAUUUGAAUGUGGAGUGUCACUUAGAUUCUCCGUCAGUACUGAGAGGGGCUGCAUCUGACAAUGGAAGGUUUGGGUCUUCUCUCGCUGUACUGCCUGAUCUUAACAUAGACGAUCUCAAUGAGUUGGCAGUUGGAGCGCCUUUGGAGAACAACGGUCAAGGCAGCAUCUACAUAUUCCACGGCGAAGGAGGAGGAAGGAUCAGUUCUGCUUACUCACAGAGAAUUGCUGGCUCUGAAGUCAGGUCAGGACUGAAGUUCUUCGGCAUGUCGAUCAGUCAGUCAUCUUUUGACCACAGCAAUGACGGUCUGCCUGACUUGGCGGUGGGUUCAAAGGGCGCAGUUGUCUUACUUAGAUCAAAGCCUAUAGUAAUGGUAGAAGCUACAGUGUCAUUCAGCCCAAAAGAAAUCUCCACUCAAAACUCAGACUGCUCAAAAGCUUUGACGAACAUAGCGGAAAUCUGCUUUACCAUGACCAGCCACUCUGCAGUAGACCAAGCUCAAGCAAGGAUCAGCUACAAUCUAACGCUGGACGCCACUCGCAAAGUUCCAAACAACCGGGCCUACUUUACUGCGCAACAACGAGAGACGAAUGGAACAGUUACUCUUGACUUAAGUCGGCCUGUAUGCGUCAAGGUGACGUACUCAGUCGAGGCUUGUCCAGAAGAUGCUCUAAAUGCACUUAACAAUGAACUCAGAUUCACCUUUGAAGGUUUACCUAAUGGCCAAAAUCCAAGUCCGAGUCUUGCCCUGCAGGCGCAGACAACAGGUUUUCAUCCUUUAGGGUUCGAGAUCAAUUGCGGCACGGACAAUAAAUGUACCGAUAACCUGAAAGUGGAUUUCAACUUCACCAGUUCCUUAGAGGUAAAAGUGGGCAUUGAUGAACUGUUGAAUGUCACCGUCUCAGUGGAGAACAGGGAGGAAAACUCUUACAACAGCCGUGUCAUUCUCACAUACCCAGUCGGACUCUCAUACAGGAAGUUUACAAUUCACCAGGGAAGAAUUGAGUGCAACUCCUUGGACAGUGAAGAUGGCGUAACAAGAGGAAAGACGGACUGCACUGUUAACAAGCCUAUUUUGAAGAGCAACACUAAGGCUUUCUUCAUCAUCUCCUAUGGGAUCGAAACUAGAAGUCAACUUGACAGGAAGCUUUUUGUCACUGCAAAUGCUACCAGUGGGAAUGAGGACCACGCCAACUCAAGUGAACUCUACAAAAAGAAAGAGAUUGAUGUGAAGUACAGCAUUUUUGCUACGAUUGAAAGUUCCCUCAGCUACAGCAAUUUCUCUUUCGGCAAGAAUAAUCUGCAAAAACCAGUCCAACAAUCAAUUGUGGUUACAAAUGAUAUCAGAGCACUGCAUUUCACUGUGGUGAUCAGGGUGCCCGUGAGGCUCGGUGAUAAAGACAUCUGGGUAGAUUCCAGCAGUUUGCAGAUUCCAGACUGCCAAAGAGACAAGGAGGAAGAACCUAAAGUCACAGAUUUUAUUGCUAAGAUACAGAAAAAUAAGUUAGUGGACUGUUCUGUAGCCAGGUGCACGGUUUUCAAGUGCAGUAGGUUCAUGGCAAGACUGGAGAGUAAAAAGUACAACAUCGCUGCCAACCUGAGUUCUGGAUGGAUAGAGCAAAUUGGACUUCAAUCUGCCAAAUUCCUCUUGACCAGCACAGCCAGUCUGGAGUACGACAGAAACCAGUACAUCUUUUUUUCAACAGGGUCUCAUAACAACCCUCCUGUUCGCAAGAUUGAGGCAGAGGUAGAAGUGUAUCCUGAACCAGACUUCACCAAAGAGAUUGUUGGAGGAUCCCUGGGAGGGUUGGCUUUCCUGGUUUUACUCACCGCUGGCCUGUAUAAGGCUGGAUUUUUCAAGAGUAAAUACAAGGAAAUGAUUAAUGCUGAUGCGGCUGAUGCGGCAGAUCCGGGGGUGGAUGGAGGCGCACCCACACCAGAAUAACAAAUAUAAAAUCUGCAGAUGUUCCCCAGACGGCAGCCUUUUCCAACUCAAAUAUAUUCAUAGUAUUAGCCUGCUUAUUGCAGCUGACAACAAAACAGCAAAACUGUUUCAACAUCUACAGUGGCGCCUAUCAACUCUGAUUACUUCAUGUGUACCAUUACUCAGAGCUCUUGCAUUUUGUAAUAUUUUGCCAUUUUUAGGAAUCAAUGUGAUUUGAAGACAACUUUCGUUUGAAGAAACUAGAAAGCUUAGCUGUGUCUGAAAUCACUCCCUCACUCUGUCAUUCACUAUUUCCUAUAACAGAGGUUCCCAACCAGGGGGUCGGGACUGUGCCAAGGGGUCGCAAGAUGAUUUCCUGGUUAGGAAGUAAUACCCAGUGAAUGCUGUAAAGUUUUACCUCUUCCCUAAACAAUUUUCAAAUGAAAGUCUCAGCGGGGAGACACCCUGUAAAAAAGGAUCGCAAGUAGAAAUCGGUUCAUCUUAAGGAUGAUAAUAAAAUGUCGUGAACCGCUGUCCUAUAUUAUAGACUUUUCAUAAUUGACCUGAUAGUAGGCAGUAAAUUGAAAUUUCAGGCACUGUGUAUACAUUUCAUGAAUAAAUUGGGUUACUCAAAUACAAUGGUGGAGGUUAAACGUAGUGCAUUUAAACAUUUUUUAAAUACUAUAUAUACAUAGAGUGAUUUCGGACACAGCCCAUGAGAUGUAAUGUUGCAGGAGGCUUUAAAAAAUGACUGUACAUUUUUCAAACCUAAAUUUUUAUCCUAAUAGCCCAUUGUAGGUCUACAAUGAAACUUUUCUGCUUUUAUAUUUGCAAGCUAUGCAUGUUAAUUUGUGUUAUUUCUGAUUUCACAAAUCGUUUUGUAAAACUGCUGAAAUUAAAACGGCAAUAUUGAUAUACA